UCAAAGCCGCAGUUUACGUGACGCGAGAGAGGGGGUGGACUGCCCACUGCAAAAAGUGUAAAAAUUAGGCGUGUGCUCUGCUUGCUUCAGUCAGCGUGAGACCACUGGACGAUUUCCUUAUUUUUCAGCACCAAGUCCAAAUUAUUAAGGGCAAAAUGUUUUUAAAGGUUCCCUGUGUUCUAGUCUUCUUCACUUUGUACAUGCGAGAGGGAUUAUCAGAGGAUUAUGAUGCAAAAGUUAGCACGAAUAUUAAUUUACAGAGAGCAAAACGUCAAAGCAAACCAACAAAACCAGUGCUGAAGGUGACAGACUACCUUGUUAAGUGUUCAGUGGUGUCCCGCUAUGCUGUUACUACAGUCCAGAGUUCAGUGUGGAACCAGCUCCCAAUAACUAAGGAAGCUGCCUUUGAGGUGGACCUGCCCUCCUCUGCUUUCAUUUCUAACUUCACCAUGGAUGUCCAACCUCAUGGCAUGUUUCCUACAGCUAAUGCCGAUGCCCCUGCCUCUACUCAUGUCGAGCAGAGUCCAGAGUGUGCUCGAGUCCGCUACACUCCAACUCUAAAUCAACAGAAGAGCAUUUCUUCCAAUGGUCUUAAUGCUGAUUUCAUCAUCCAAUAUGAUGUGGAUCUAAAAGACCUCAUAGGUGAUGUUCAGGUGUAUGAUGGCUACUUUGUGCAUUACUUUGCACCUAGGGGACUUCCUGUGGUUCCUAAGGAUGUUAUAUUUGUCAUUGAUGUCAGCAGCUCAAUGAUAGGCAAUAAGAUAAAGCAGACAAAGCAAGCUAUGAGCACCAUCCUUGGGGACCUUAGAGAGGGAGACCACUUCAACAUCGUCACCUUCUCGGACAAGGUUCACACUUGGAAAAAAGGCAAAACCGUGCGAGCAACUCGGCAGAAUGUAUGGGAAGCCAAAGAGUUUGUGAAGAGGAUUAUAGCAGAAGGAUGGACCAAUAUUAAUGCAGCUCUGCUCUCAGCUGCCCAGCUUGUCAAUCCUCCAUCCUCUGGCCCUUCCAGACGCACCUCAUCUCAUCGUGUUCCUCUGGUGAUUUUCCUCACUGAUGGGGAAGCAACCAUCGGAGUCACAUCCAGUGAGACUAUCCUCAGUAAUGCCAAGAAGGCUUUGGGCUCAGCCUCUCUGUUUGGCCUUGCCUUUGGAGAUGAUGCAGACUUCCUGCUUCUCAAACGCCUGGCUCUGGAAAACCGAGGUGUAGCCAGGAUGGUGUAUGAAGAUGCAGAUGCAGCCUUGCAGCUUAAGGGCUUCUAUGAUGAAGUAGCUAGCCCUUUGUUAUCAGACAUACAGCUGUCUUAUCUGGAUGAUCAAGCAUUUGAUGUCACCCGCUCCCUUUUUCCAAACUACUUCCAAGGAUCUGAGUUGGUUGUGACUGGGAGAGUUAAGACCGGGGUCAAAGAUUUAAAGGUGCUAGUCUCAGCUAUAGAUUCAAAGCAGCAAAUGAAGCUGGAGAAUGACGUGUUUAUUUCCCAAGAAAAUGGGACUACAGCUUCACUAGAGUGUUCGGGAGAUUUAGAAGGGAUAUCCAGCUUUGUUCAUCGCCUCUGGGCAUAUUUCACUAUCAAGGAGCUUCUACUGGCUAAACUGAAUUCUACUGAUCCUGCAACUCAAAAGUUGCUAACAGAUAAAGCAACCAACCUCUCCCUCAAAUAUAACUUUGUCACACCAGUCACUUCUUUAGUUGUAGUUAAGCCAGAUGAAGAUGAAGCAACUCAAAGUCCAACCACUCCAGAACCCACCACAGCUGCCACUAUAACCACAACAGCAACAACUACAGCUACAACCAAAAUGUCAGCUGCUGGUGUAGCAAAGAAGUCCGGCUCACCACCUAACCCUAAGCAUAAGAAGUUAAAUCCAGGCCUGCCUAAGUCACCUCCAAAUACCCUAAAACCCCCCAAAACAUCAGUGGUUACAUCAUCCAAAAAAGCAGCUACAACCUCGAGUCCGAGCUCUAUGAAAACAGCCCCUGCACCAUUCUCUGCUAAAAAGCUCACUCCUUCCCAUAAUGGCCUGAAUAUUGACCUGGUGAAAGACUAUGAUGCAACCUAUGAAUAUGAUUACGAUGACGAUCAAGAUAACUGGUAUAUUACUGACACUUUUGUGCUUGGGAGUGAGGAGGAUUGUCCUUUAGCUGAAUGUCUUGUGUUUUUAGAGCCUCAACACAAAAUGGGAGCCAUCAGGGGAUUCUCCUCAUCAGUUGAUGGAGAUCCUCAUUUUGUGGUCCAGCUAGCAAAGGUUCACCAGAACCUGUGUUUCACAGUAGAUGGCAGGGCUAAUGAUGUCCUCAGACUGCUGGAAGACCCAGAGAGAAAUAUCAUUGUAGAUGGCCACCUAAUGGGGGCGCCCUCCAAAGACGGGGUUGAAGACCGUUUGCGAAACUACUUUGACCAGCUCACAAUCUCCGCGGUCACGGGCAACUCUGGUGACAUCAUGAUCACACUCACGCUGGACGCUGUAGUCGUGGAAGGUGAAGGGCGGGAUACGCUUCCCAUCAAUCAGCAGGGAUCAGUGACGAGGCAAGGCGUGACUGUUACUGUGGACAACCACCAGAGCUGCUGGAUCGAGCUGGCAGCGGGCGUGCAGUUCCUGGUCCUGUUCCAUCAUUAUAAACAUCCAAGCUACCUGCAGUUGGCUCACCUGGGUUUUUACAUCACAGAUGGGCGAGGCCUUUCUGACUCCACCCAAGGCCUUCUGGGCCAGUUUCAACGCGCUGACAUUAAUAUAACAGUGGUGAAAGACCACGUGGAUGAAGGUUUUCAUCGAGUUAAGAAGGAACAAAUUCUGGCCAGGGGGAUCCUGAGGUGGGGAUCAGAGCAAAUGCCAGUUACCCUGCAAGACAAGACGCUGAAGGACUCGGUGCAAAAACACCACCGAAGCAGCUGCUGGGUGGUGCCCAAGACAGAGAUAGAGAGACUACUGGGUCAUUCGUAUGAGAGCUACGUGGUGAAUCGUAUGUAAUUCUAGCCGAGUCAUUUCCACCGUGUUGGCUGUUUGCUGCACAGCUCAAGUCACAGCAGGUAAUGUGGAUAGGUUAUCACAAAAGGAUGAACCAAAGCUGGGAUCCAACUGGGUUAGUUGCCUGAAUGGUAUUCUGGAAGGGUGGGACAGAUUACAGACUGCAAAGAAAAGUUUCCUAUAAAGAAGUAAAUACAGCAAAGGAUUGAAUGGUGCCCCUGUUCCAGCUCCACCACUGAAUUUGAACCAGAUUCAAGCUUCGUAUCUAUGACAGAGACGCAAUGUACUCCUGGUCGCAUGGCAACUACAAAAUAUCCAAUGGCUGCUGCAGCAGUUUGCGCAUGCUCCAAAAUGCCUUGCAAAACAACCCUGUUUACAAGUUGUUUAUCAGAUUAUUCUUAUAUUUUAUGAUUGAAUUUUUGAUAGUCAAAAGCUAUCUUUCAGAAUUACUUGUAACCAUAGUGUAAUUCAAUAAGUUGUAUUUUUAGUACAAGUGUAUAUAAAACAUUAAUGUAUGUAUGUGUGUAUAGAUAAACUUCCCGUGUCAGCAUUGCAUCUUUAAUAAGCAACACAAAUCAGUCUUUUCCAAGUUUGCCAUGUGCUUUUUAUUUUUCUGUCAUUUCAUUCAUAGUUUAAUUCAUUUUAUUUGUUACACAAGACAUUAGGCAUUGUUCACAUACUAGUGAUCAAACAAGGACAGUAAGUUUUCUACUACUCAGUCUAUUUCUUUUGUCAAUUUCAAGGGAUAUUUGUCAAUAGUGGUUUUCAAAGGCCAUACUAAACAGUACAACCACA